UCUAGAGAACUACAGUACGUAUUCAUUUCUUCCGUGUCAACAACAAGAAGUCGGCCAACUAUAUAUACUCUACAAUCAAGUAAUACCGAGGAGUUCUUUGGCCGGUGGUAGUUUUGGCCUGAGUUGGUGAUCGGCAUCAUGGAGGUGGUUAUGAACAUUCUCAAGACACCAGUGCCCAGUGGGGUGUCUAUGACCCUGGGCCUGUUCAUGAUCUUCCUGGCUCUGCUGUACUGGUAUGCUACGUUCCCCUAUUCGUCCCUGGCUCAAUGUGGAAUAAGGCACCCCAAACCGUCCCCAUUCUUUGGGAACCUGUUUCUAUUUCGUCAGGGCUUUUUCGGUGUUCACACAGACCUGAUUCACAAGUAUGGGAGAGUAUGUGGAUACUAUCUAGGCAGGAGGCCCGUGGUGGUGGUAGCUGACCCUGAUAUGCUCAGACAGAUCAUGGUGAAGGACUUCAGCACCUUCCCCAACAGAAUUACAAUCCGUGCCGCUACUAAGCCCAUGAGUGACUGUCUGCUGAUGCUGAGGAACGAGCACUGGAAGAGAGUACGCAGCAUCCUCACCCCCUCCUUCAGUGCAGCCAAGAUGAAAGAGAUGGGUCCUCUGAUCAACACUGCUACUGACACCCUGCUCACCAACCUCAAUUGUCAUGCUGAGUCUGGAGAGAGCUUUGACAUUCACAGGUGUUUUGGCUGUUUCACCAUGGAUGUGAUAGCCAGCGUUGCAUUUGGCACUCAGGUGGACUCUCAGAAGGACCCAGAUGACCCGUUCGUCCACCACGCCCAGAAGUUCUUCUCUUUCUCCUUCUUCACACCCAUCAUGUUCGUCUUCAUUGCUUUUCCAUUCCUGAUUCCUCUGGCCCGGGUCCUCCCCAACAAGAGGAGGGAUGAGAUGAACAACUUCUUCAUCAACUGCAUUCAGAAGAUCAUCAGACAGAGAGAUGAGCAGCCAGUUGAAGAGCGGCGGCGAGACUUCCUACAGCUGAUGCUGGACACGCGGAGCAGCAAGGAGUGUGUGUCGCUGGAGCACUUUGACGUGGUCAACCAUGCAGAUGAGCUGGCCCCCAGACACACUCACACAAACCAGCAAGAAAAUGUUGACGUCAGCCAUGAGUCACCCAACAGGCGCUCGGUUCAGACCCAGAAGAGGAUGAUGUCGGAUGAUGAGAUAGUGGGCCAGGCGUUUGUGUUCUUCUUGGCGGGGUAUGAGACCAGUAGCAACACCCUAGCCUUUACCUGCUACCUCCUGGCUCUUCACCCAGAGUGUCAGAGCAAACUGCAGGCUGAGGUGGAUGACUUCUUCACCAGAUAUGAUUCACCAGAUUACACUAAUGUCCAGGAGCUGAAAUAUCUUGACAUGGUCAUAUCAGAAGCUCUGCGCCUCUACCCGCCUGGUUUCAGGUUUGCCCGUGACGUUGACGAGGACUGCAUGGUGAAUGGACAGUUCCUACCCAAAGGAGCCACUCUGGAGAUCCCUGCAGGCUAUCUGCACUAUGAUCCAGAGUACUGGCCCGAGCCAGAGAAGUUCAUCCCUGAGAGAUUCACAGUGGAGGCCAAGGCCAGCAGACACCCGUUUGUGUACCUGCCGUUUGGGGCGGGGCCCCGCAGCUGUGUCGGCAUGAGGCUGGCCCAGCUGGAGAUCAAGAUGGCCCUGGUGCAUGUCUUCAGGAAGUUCAACAUUGUGGCCUGCACAGACACCAAGGUUCCUCUGGAGUUGAAGUCUCACACCACUCUCGGACCCAAGAAUGGCAUCUAUGUGACAAUCACUAAAAGAGAGAUAGAGGGAGAACCAGCGAAUGCCCCUGCAGAAGAAUAGCUCUGUUCUGUAUCUGCUCUCUAGAACGUAGUGUGAUUUCUACAGAUACAUUAUCCAUCCAGUGACUGCUUAUUUUAAGGCUAAACAUAAAGUAACAUUAACCUAGCCUGGUCCCAGAUCUGUUUGUGCUGUCUUGCUAACUUCUAUGGUUAUUGUCACACUUUUGGCGCUCCCUUUACAUAAGAGAGUUGGCAAUAAAGCACAAACAGAUUUUUAUUUUAUUUAUCGUUAUUUUACCAGGUAAGUUGACUGAGAACACAUUCUCAUUUGCAGCAACGACCUGGGGAAUAGUUACAGGGGAGAGGAGGGGGAUGAAUGAGCCAAUUGUAAACUGAGGAUUAUUAGGUGACCAUGAUGGUUUGAGGGCCAGAUUGGGAAUUUAACCAGGACACCGGGGUUAACACCCCUACUCUUACGAUAAGUGCCAUGGGAUCUUUAAUGACCUCAGAGUCAGGACACCCAUUUAACGUCCCAUCCGAAAGACGGCACCCUACACAAUCACUGCCCUGGGGCAUUGGGAUAUUUUUUAGACCAGAGGAAAGAGUGCCUCCUACUGGCCCUCCAACACCAAUUCCAGCAGCAUCUGGUCUCCCAUCCAGGGACUGACCAGGACCAACCCUGCUUAGCUUCAGAAGCAAGCCAGCAGUGGUAUGCAGGGUGGUAUGCUGCUGGCAAGAUCAGCAGAUCUGAGUCCAGGCUAGCAUUAACCUCUUCUUUUAAGUUAAACAUCUAAAAGUAUUUGGUUAAAUGUACUUAAGUGUCAAAAGUAAAACAUUUCAAAUUCCUUAUAUUAAGCAAACCAGACGGUACCAUUUUUAUUUUACUUUGAAAAAUUAUGGAUAGACAGGGACACAUUCCAACACGCAGACAUCAUUUUCAAAUUAAGCAUGUGUGUUUAGUGAGUCCGCCAGAUCAGAGGCAGUAGGCAUGACCGUGAAUUGCACUAUUUUCCUAUUCUGCUAAGCAUUCAAAAUGUAACAAGUACUUUUGGGUGUCAGGGAAAAUGUGUGGAGUAAAAAGUACAUUAUUAAAAGUAAAAGUUGUCAAAAAUAAGUCUAGUAAUAAGUACAGAUACCCCCAAAAACUACUUCAGUAGUACUUUAAAGUAUUUUUUACUUAAGUACUUUAUGCAACUGCUUCCAUGGUAAAUGACAAAUUGCACAGAAAAAGUGAGGUUGGGCCAGGGGCAGCUCACCUUUUUAAUCAGCCAGUGUACUGAAUGGAGGUCAAGCCCUCCAAGAAGCCCCUGCCAAUGGCACAAUGAUUCUGCAGGUGAUUCUGCAGAACUAGAGAGAGGGGGAGGAGAAGCAUGCUGGGGAAACUGUGAGCUGAUGGGAGGGGGAAGACUGGAAAACUCUUCUUAUAACAAAAUAACAACAUUCCUUGACAUCUGUAUAAAUUCAUAUUGAUAUCCAUUGUUACUGAAUAGUCACUGCAGGACUGCAUUAAAGGAAAGGAUCAAUUCAAAGUAUAAUGUAUGUUAGAACAUGCCCAUGAACUAUUAAAGGGAUAGUUCACCCAAAUUACAAAAUUAUAUAAUAUUGGUUUUCCUGUAAGCAGUCUAUGGAUAAGACAGCAAUCCAUGCUUUAGUUUGGUUUACCUGUCCACUGUCUCCAAAUGCUAUUCAAUUACCUUGUCCAUAGACUUUUUACAAGGUAAAGUAAUCCGAAUGUUUUUGUCAUUUGGAUGGACUAUCCCUUUAAGGAUUGGUAUUGUCUCUCCCAACAGCUCUGACUGGAAAGUGAGUCUUUGCAAGCGUCUUCGCAAUUAUCCAUCAUAACAGUGUAGGCAUUGACUAAAUGUUAUAGGACCCCCCCUCACAGAUUUCCAAAUCUUUCAUCUUUAAAAUGCAGCUAUGAUUUACAUGAAGGUAAUACUCUUAAGAUCAUGACUCGAUGAGAGCGGAAAGCAAUAUCAGCUCACUCCAUUUCUCAUUGCCUCUUAAGUUGAAAAGCUCUGAUGUUACUGUGUAUGAUUUCUUUAAACUUGACUGUAUAGACUUUUACCAAUGGGAUGGUAUUAAUUGUGUUGAUUUGGAGUGUUGCUCUGCAAUUUGAUGUUUCAUAUUCAUUAAAUGUGAAAUUAAUAAUCAAAAUCAGGGAAAGAUGUUAUCAAUAUACAUUCUGAAAAAUUCCAUUUUAAUUGAAAGGAAUAAUGAAAGAGUAAACGCAACGGUGGACUAAAUGCUGAAAUGGAAAAGAAUCUCUCACAAUCAUUCAGAAUGUGUGUAACAUUUAAUAGUUCAUGUUUUAUCUAUUUAGCGUCUGAUUUCUUGAAUGUUGUCAAUGAGGAAGAAACUGAGUAAAGAGCCAUUUUAUUGCAGUGUAACAAUUUCCAUGUGUACAUAAAUAUAGAAGACCCAAUGACCAUUAAAUAAAAACCUACCCGUGUUCUAGCGGUUACAGGGCCGUAGACCCUGGCACACAUAUACUGUGUGGGCAUGGGUUCAAAUCUGACCCAGUGCCCUUCUGACUCACAUCUCUCUCCUUCAUUUCCUGGGUUCUCACCAUUGUUCCAUCAACCAAUAAAAUAUGUAAGGAGUGGGAUUGCCACAUGCCUUAAAAAAAUGAAAUAUAGAAAAAGAGCUUGAUCCUCUGCAACCGUUGUGCCAUGUGUUAUGUUAUGCUGUUAUAUAAAAGAAAAGUAAAACACC